AGACAAGCAGAGAGAGACCGCAGACAUGGGUUUGAGAGCCAAGAAAGCGAAGAAACAAUUGGUAUAUUCCCAAGAAACAAACAGAAAAUGGAAACGACGACAACGAAAAUAACGAAAACCAAAACAAGAACAGGCGCCGGUUCUUCUUUUACUGCUGCCCUUCCUUCUUUGUCUCAACAAUAGCAUCUCUACAAACAGAAGAAGAUUUUGGUUAUAUAUAUAAUUAUUAUAUUCCUUGAAGAACCCAGAAGCACAGCUAGGAGGGAGAAACAAAGGGAGAGAGAGAGAGGAAGAACGAGGCUUUAAAGAGGGAAAACUUUCUGAAUCCCUCUCAUAUGGAACAGCUUGUUAACUUAAUAAUUCGGCCACCCAGAGCUGAAUACCAUCCAGACCAUGAUUUGUUGGAUCAAGAAUUCAUGCUGAAAGGGAAAUGGUACCAAAGAAAGGAGGUAGAGGUUAAAAACAGUCGGGGAGAUGUUCUACAAUGUAGUCACUAUGUACCCAUUGUUAGUCCUGAAGGAAAGUCUCUGCCUUGUGUUAUAUACUGUCAUGGAAACAGUGGUUGCAGGGCUGAUGCUAGUGAAGCUGCUAUAAUAUUGCUGCCUUCAAAUAUUACAGUUUUCACCCUUGAUUUCUCUGGAUCUGGACUUUCUGGAGGUGAGCAUGUCACUUUAGGGUGGAAAGAAAAGGAUGAUCUGAAAGCUGUGGUAGAUUAUUUGAGGGCAGAUGGAAAUGUCUCUUUGAUUGGCUUAUGGGGCCGUUCAAUGGGUGCUGUCACUAGCCUAUUGUAUGGAGCUGAGGAUCCUUCAAUUGCAGGGAUGGUUCUUGAUAGUCCUUUCUCUGAUUUGGUUGACCUGAUGAUGGAACUUGUGGAUACCUAUAAGAUCUGGUUACCGAAAUUCACUGUGAAGUUUGCAAUCCAAAUCGUGCAAAAAGCUGUCCAGAAAAAAGUGAACUUUGACAUAACAGAGCUGAAUAUUAUGAAGGUGGCAAAGUCUUGCUUUGUUCCAGCUUUAUUUGGGCAUGCGGUUGAAGAUGAUUUUAUACAACCUCAUCACUCAGAUCGUAUAUAUGAUGUUUAUGUGGGAGACAAGAAUAUUAUUAAAUUUGAGGGUGAUCACAACUCUCCACGCCCACAAUUUUACUUUGAUUCUAUCAAUAUUUUUUUCCAUACUGUCUUGCAACCACCAAAGGAUGAGGUGGUGACAACACUUUUUGGUGCAACGCAGGAUUACAUCAGUAAGGGUAGUUGGAACACCUUGCAAGAAUUCGAAUAUUACCCAGGAACUUCAACGACAUCUAGAGUUCUGGAACCAGUGGCAAGCAGCACAGUAGAUUCUAUAAAGCAAAUGAGCCAGACCAAGCUCCCUUCUGAUAUAUCAGCCCAAGAUAGCCAUGCCGAAGCUGAGGACGAAGAAAAUGAUGAUAAUCAUUGCCCAUCAUCGUCCAAUAUGUUUAGCUUCAACUUGUCCAAUGGUCAUCCAUAUGGCCCUCAUGUCCCAACAACAAUGGAUGAUGAUGAUGACGAAGAAUAUGUGGAAUAUGGACUUGAAGACUUGGCAGGUUUCCCAAGCAACACAGAGGAGGAAGAAAGGAUGUUCGUGGAAGCUGUGAUUAUAUCAUUAAAGGAGUUGGUGACCCGGCAUCCCCAAGCAGGAGAACAACCAACCUCUGCAGCCACUGAUUUCCCCAAGUCUUUACAAAAAGGUGCCCUGAAUGAUUUCUCCAUUACAGAAGAUUGGGUAUCUUCAGAGACACAAACUGAUUUCGUUUCAGCAGGAGAAUUAAAGCCUGUAAAGACACAGCCCACUUCUACUACAGUAUUAAGUGGCUGUAAUUUAGCUCCCCAGGACCUGUCCCCUGAUACUAUCAUUUCACCAGGUGGGCUUGCAUUUGAUACCCCUCCAUCUGCCAUGGAAACACCAAGCACUGGAACUUCUGUUUGCAGUGAUUGUACUUUGGCAAACAAGGCAUCCGAUGCUAACGUGUCGAGUAAUACGAAAGUCACAUUUACGGUAGAAAGAAACCCGGCUGGGCACAUAAUGAAUGGUUUGGUGCGACGCUGGAAUCUCAACAUUUUUCGAAACAGUCUAUAGAAGUCAUAAUGAUGUUUUUGUAAAAUCAGUAAGAUGAUGUGUUGUUUUGUAACCAAGAUAGUUUCAGGGAUUGUACCAAUGUAAAAUGAUUGAUUUUAAAAAAAAAAAGGGUCCUGUGAAUGUGUUUAAAAACUUAGUUACAGUGGUUUUUUCUCCACAGUUGAAAAAGGGUGCAAUGAUUAUUUUUGACACCCUCGUUGAGGGCAACAAUCUUUCAACGUUUGAAUUGAUUCAAACUGAAUUUAAGUUGAGUAUUAUUUUGAUAA